AUAUUAUGUGUAGAGAUCCAACUAAACCUAACCGUUUCGCUUUUAAAGCGGUGCGCCCUGAACGUCUCACUCUGGUGGCUAUUUUCUAUUGGGGCAGAAGUUGAAUUGAGACACGUAAGGACUGCCACGAAACGCAACCGGGAGAUUGACAGCUCUGCGGCCAAUCGCAGCACGAUCCCGCUUUACCGUGUUGUGUGACGCCAAAACAGAAAAGCCAAUCACUGCUCCGGAUCUGUUGACAGGAAGCGUAUGGGGUGGAAUCACCACAGCUCGUCUGUUUUCACCUGACAAAACAAGAGAGGAGCCCACAGUCAUUCAUCCCCCAGACGUGUGUGGACUUAAAUUAUGCGUUUAAAGAUCGAACAGGGGCAAAUAUGCAAUGGAGGUCAUUGGUAGUCGGUCUGCUCGUAUUGAGACUGUCGCUCAGCUGUGUGCUGUGGUUAGCUUUCGGACUCGGACAUAACGUUAGCCUGGGGUUCAACUUCCCACUUAGUUUCAGUUUACACAAAUUAGACGCGUUAUUAAGGGACGAAAAGGGGACAGAUCCGAGCGGCAACUCGUGGUCUCAACGAAUUCACGGCCACGGGCAUGAAGAGGCGAAGACCAUGUGGGCGAAGGUUGAAGUGGAGUCCCCCAACAGAUCCUACCUGAGCUUCUUCGACGGCGACAAGGACGAGUACGCCCGCAAAUACGGCUCCUUCCCGGAUACCCUGAAAGCCCAAAUGAAGGACAUGGCCAAAGAGAUGUUUUAUUUCGGGUACGACAAUUACAUGAAGUAUGCCUUUCCUGAGGACGAACUGAACCCCAUAGACUGUGAAGGCAGGGGACCUGACGUGCUAAACCCGUCAAACAUUAACAUAAACGAUGUUUUGGGAAACUACUCCCUUACCCUGAUUGACACAUUAGAUACCCUACUGGUGCUCGGCAAUGUGACGGAGUUCCAAAGGGCUGUUAAGCUGGUUAUAGAUACUGUGUCUUUUGACAAGGACUCAACUGUGCAAGUGUUUGAGGCAAACAUCAGGAUCCUGGGAAGCCUCAUCUCAUCCCACAUCCUGCUGACGGACCCAAAACAUCCAUUCGGCGAGGUUGGCUUCGAUGGGUACGAUAACGAGCUGCUUCACUUGGCUCACGACUUGGCCGUCCGCUUGCUGCCCGCCUUCGAGAACACCAGCACAGGCAUUCCCUACCCCAGGGUGAACCUGAAGACUGGAGUUCCUCCUGAUAGCAUCAAUGAGACUUGCACGGCAGGAGCCGGGUCCUUGCUGGUGGAGUUUGGGAUUUUAAGCCGCUUGAUAGGAGAUUCCACAUUCGAAUGGGUGGCCAGGCGAGCCGUCAGAGCUCUGUGGAACCUGCGGAGCAACGAAACCGGUCUGUUAGGGAAUGUAGUUAAUAUCCAAACAGGCCAGUGGGUUGGCAAGCAGAGUGGCCUGGGAGCCGGUAUGGACUCCUUCUAUGAGUAUUUGCUCAAAUCGUACAUCCUGUUUGGUGAGAAAGAAGAUCACAGGAUGUUCCAAGCAGCCUAUGAGAGCAUUCAGAGCCACAUGAGGAGAGGAAGAGAGUCGUGUAAUGAAGGAGAGGGUGACCCACCUCUGUAUGUUAAUGUGAAUAUGUUCAGUGGUGAAAUAAUGAACACCUGGAUCGACUCCCUUCAGGCCUUCUUCCCUGGGCUGCAGGUGCUGAAUGGUGAUGUAGAUAAUGCGAUUUGCCUGCAUGCCUUCUACUACGCCAUCUGGAAGCGCUUCGGGGCUUUGCCAGAGAGAUACAACUGGCAGCUGCAGGCUCCUGAUGUGCUCUUCUACCCCCUGAGACCAGAGCUGGCUGAGUCAACCUACCUCCUGUACCAGGCGACCAAAAAUCCUUUCUAUUUGCAUGUUGGAAAGGAUAUUCUUCAGAGCCUUGAGAAAAAUGCCAAAGUCAGAUGUGGGUACGCCACUCUCCACCAUGUCGUGGACAAAUCCAAAGAGGAUCGCAUGGAGAGCUUCUUUCUCAGUGAGACGUGCAAAUACCUUUACCUGCUAUUUGAUGAGGACAACCCUCUUCACAAAUCCGACAACAAGUACAUCUUCACUACAGAGGGCCAUGUUGUGCCGAUAGACAAGCGCUUCAGGGAGAAACAGUGGAACGACUUGUUUCCCUGUGAAGAGGGAGUGCUGGCAGAACAAGAGCCAAUCAACCGGCCUCCUCCGAACAAAACCAGCAAUUGCAACAGGAUCCCAGAAGAGCGACGAUACACUCUACCACUGAAGAGCGUCUAUAUGAGGCAGAUCGAUAACAUGGUGGGACUUUUCUGAGAAAGAGGCUCCACCCACAGUGUGUGGGAUUUCUGCUCUUUGGUGGGUGAUUACGGGGUCAACGCAGGUGAACAGCUCUUGUGCCGGAUAAGGAGGGGUCAGGCUUCGUUGCUGCUUGCCUGGUGAUCAAUUGACAUGGCGUGAGUGGAUUUUAGAUUACUGGUAUGUUGUUGUCUCUUUAACUGUUUGUUAAGGUAUGAGUGUGUUACAUUGUGUGUGUGUGUGUGUGUGUGUGUGUGUGUGUGUGUGUGUGUGUGUGUGUGUGUGUGUGUGUGUGUGUGUGUGUGUGUGUGUGUGUGUGUGUGUGUGGAUAUUUGUUUGUACAGCUGAGCUGUGAAUCACAAUGUGUUACUGGGAUAAGUGCCAUCUAGCCACACAUGUACCAUGUAUAGCCUAAAGAAAAAUAUCCCCCGACAUAUGAUGAUUAGUGCCUCUGGGAAAUGGAUUCACUUGAAUUUAUCAGUUCUUUUACAAAAGGGCUGCACUUGAACAAAUAACAACAAUGAGGAGAACGGCUCAGAAUGAUUUUAAAGUGCCUUGCAUUUUUCAGCAGCACAUAUUCUGAAGAACAUUUAAUUUUUUGAGGCCAUUGUCAAUAUUGCACAGUAGAUGUCAUUCCAUGUGUAUGUACUGCUUUUACACUGACUAUGGCAUUGAGCUCUUUUUUUUAAAGACACAAUGAAAAAAGCCAUGUAAUGUAUUUUUUAACAACAAUAAGUGAAAACGUCUGUUCUCAACCAUUUUCCUGUCAGAUGUAUUACUACAGUCUCUCCUUCAUAGUUUGUUCUGAUUUAGAGUAGCUGGAAGUUUUCAUUUUCUGUUCGUUCUGUUUAUCUGUCACAUAAUUGCACAUCAACAUACCCAUUGUUUGCCAUGCGGUGAGAACUCAGGGUUUAAAGGAAAAACUAAAAUGGUUAAUGCUUUCAUAAAAAAUACUUUCUCAUAAUGUUGUUGCCUACAAUGUCUUAGGUAUUUGUAUAGCAGAUCUUCCAACUUGGUUGUCUUAGUCAAAGAAUAACCACAAUGAGCACAGUUGUUCUGUGAUGCCUCGUUAGAGGUGAUGUUGGAUAUGUUUAAAGCUCUACUGAGGCAUCUCUUCUGGGCUGGUUCAUAUUGUACCAAACAACCUCAGUUUCUAUAACUGCUCAGCAGUGCUUCAAGCUGCAUUUUUUUUUUCUUUUCAUGUCUGGGGAUAGGGGGGCAUGAACCCAGUUGGGAUGUAGAAGGGGGUGCGUGGCCUAAAAACUUUGAGAAUCGCUGUGCUAAACUGUUCCAUUUAUAGUGGAACCGAAAGAUUAUGAGAAUAUGAAUGGAUGUCUUCAUGCAAAUUUGGUGAAAUGGCCCCCCUCUCAGCAGCUCAGGUUUGUUAAGCACAAAAGCAGGACAGAGUGAAUGGGCUAUCUUUAAAAAAAAAGCUUAUAUGAUGCUAGUUGGCAGAGAAAAUAUGUUUAUUUCCCAAAAUGUCAAUCUGCCUCCAAGCUGUCUUAAAUUAAAGGCUGUUUACCUCUGAACAUGUGGUUUCAUAAUACUAAAAAAUAACCAGAAUUAUUAAAUAACUAUGAAGAAGA